AUGGAGACCGCCGAACCUGUGUCGUCUUAUGAAUUCCCCGGUCAUGGCCAUGGUCAUGGACAUGGACAUGGACAUAUGGGCACCUUUGGCCAUCGUCGAAUGGACUCACCCCUGUUCCCUUACUAUGCCCAUCAUCCCACAACCGCACCAUACGCGCUCCCGUACCAUGCUCCAACUUCGGGCCCGUACCACUUCGGACCUCUCAGUCAGCCUGCUCCCUCAUAUGGACAUUACUUCGGAGCCAGUCAACCCCCGCUCUCAUCUCCGAUUCGUCUGACUGAUCAACCAACGCUACACUCACUCCCGGAAAUUCGACCAGCGAAGAAUGCCAUCAAUCAGGGUACCAAGGCAUCUGAUGCUCGAGUCUUUGGAGCCGUCGCCGUGAAGAAAGAAGGAUCCAACUUUGAGUUCUCGACCGAAGUCGACGUCUUGAUGAAAGCCAUUCAGGCCAAGCCGGAUUCUAGCCCAUCUCCCGAGCAGCCGCCACAGGUUCCGCAGCUCCAGCAGAUCCCACAGGUCCAACAGUCACUGCCACCCCUGCAGCAGCUAGCACCGCCAGGUUACCCAUCCUACCCCAUGUCACCACCGCACUGUGUUCCAAGCAGUGAAAGUCAGCUGUCGCGGUCUGGUAAGAAGCGCAAGUAUACUUGCAUGCUGCCAGACUGUGGCAAGAGUUUUGCGCAGAAGACACAUCUGGAUAUACAUACCCGAGCGCAUACAGGCGUGAAGCCAUUUAUAUGCAAGGAGUCUUCCUGUGGACAACGGUUCUCGCAGCUAGGCAACCUCAAGACCCACGAACGUCGCCACACGGGCGAGAAACCCUACUCCUGUGAUAUCUGCCAUAAAAGAUUCGCCCAACGGGGCAAUGUACGGGCCCAUAAGACCACACAUCUCAAGAAUAAGCCAUUUACCUGCUUGCUGGACAGCUGCGGUAAGAAGUUUACCCAACUUGGGAAUCUAAAGUCCCACCAAAAUAAGUUCCACGCAUCCACCAUCCGUUCGUUGACCAUGCGAUUCUCUCAAAUUGGCGAUCAGACAUCGGUCAAUCCACAAGAUCGCGAACUAUGGGAAUACUUUGCUUCCCUUUACAAGAAUAGCAACAAGGGCAUCAAGGGCCGAGGCAAGGAUCGACGGAUCAUGACCACCAAGAGGUCCAUGACAGGCGAUACACUGCAUCGCAUGUUAUCUAUGGAAUCGGAUGAUGAUCCUUCGCAGAUCCGCCGAGGCAGCUAUGAAGAUAGCGUCUCGGUGUACACGGGCGGAUCCAGCAGUGAUGGAGAUGAACCGGGUCCAUACAUGAUGGAUCGGCGGUAA